GAAAUUAGAAGGACUUUCGGUUUGAAGUAUGUUUAUGUAUGGCAUGCACUCAUGGGAUACUGGGGAGGAGUACAUACAGAUGCGCCAGAAACUAAGAAAUAUAAUUCAGAAUUGAGAUACCCACUACAGUCGCCAGGCAAUCUAGCACAUAUGAGGGAUGGUGCAAUGGAUUGCAUGGAGAAGUAUGGGGUUUGCACCAUUGAUCCAGCUAAAAUAUCCGAAUUUUACGAUGAUCUACACACAUAUCUUGCCUCUCAGGAUGUGGAUGGGGUUAAGGUAGAUGUUCAAAACAUACUUGAAACACUUGGGACUGGUCUUGGAGGACGAGUUUCACUUACCAAACAGUUCCAACAAGCGCUAGAGAAGUCCAUUGCUGCAAAUUUCCAAGACAACAGCAUAAUCUGCUGCAUGGGUCAAAAUACGGAUUCCCUUUAUAAUUGUAAAAGAAGUGCUAUAACGAGAGCAUCUGAUGAUUACAUGCCAAGAAACCAAACAUCACAAACAUUGCAUAUCGCUGCGGUGGCCUUUAACAGCAUCUUUCUCGGUGAAAUUGUGGUCCCGGAUUGGGACAUGUUCUAUAGCCGUCACUAUGCAGCUGAGUAUCAUGCGGUCGCUCGAGCUGUGGGAGGUUGUGGGAUUUAUGUCAGUGACAAACCUGGACAGCAUGAUUUCACGAUACUUAAAAGGCUUGUACUUCCAGAUGGGUCAGUUCUCAGAGCCAAAUACCCUGGCAGGCCAUCACGAGAUUGUCUAUUCAAUGACCCAGUUUUGGAUGGGAAGAGUCUUUUGAAGAUUUGGAACCUGAACAAAUUUUCUGGAGUACUAGGCAUUUUCAAUUGCCAAGGUGCAGGAAGUUGGCCAAGCUCACAAAGUAAUGUUCAGAACAGUACGUGUUCUGAGCUAUCUGGGCAUGUAAGCCCUGCUGAUAUUGAGUAUUUUGAAGAGAUUUCUGGGGAGACAUGGACUGGAGAUUGUGCAAUAUUUUUGUUUAAUUCAGGAUCACUGGUUAGACUGCCUAAGGAAGGAUAUUUGGAUGUAUCAUUGGGGGUUUUACAAUGUGAUGUGUUUACGGUAUCUCCAAUUAAGCUUUAUGACCAAAGAUUUCAGUUCGCACCCAUUGGACUAAUAGAAAUGUAUAAUUCUGGUGGAGCUGUUGAAGAAAUGGAAUUCUUCAAUAGUUCUUCUAAUUGUGGAAUGAACAUCAAAGGAAGAGGGCCAGGUCGUUUCGGAGCAUAUUCCAAUACAAAGCCAAAGUUCUGCACAGUUAAUGGGACAGAAGAGGAAUUCGAAUUCAAGGAGAAAGAUAAUUUCUUGACAAUGAUGAUUCCCACUGGAAAAAGUAGCUAUUGGGAUGUUGUGAUUAAUUUUUGAGGCUUAUUUUUUGGCAAAGCUUAUCUUUGUACAGAGUAAGCUUUAUGCAUUCUUUCAAUGAAUCACACAUAAACACUAUCAGGGAGAUAUAUUCUUUCUCAUCAUUGAUAAUAUGAUAUAUUGGAGAUAGUUAGUCUUGAAGUUCAUGGCA